CCCAAUCACACUCACAAGGCUAAAGUUAGAGGCAGCUGUCAAAACUUGUCAGACUGGAUAGACAGCCCUGCUGUGAUUCCUGUUUCUUAAAAUCUUUUAGUACAUCUUAGUUUACAUCCGGAUCACCAGAGGAAUAUUCAACUUGACGAUGGCUCUGUGGAAGUGUGUUAGGUGUCUGGUUUUCUUGCUCUUUUUGUGGACUUUUCAGAGAGGAGAUGCUGAAGUCUGUAUUUUAAAGCAGAGCUGCAUCUUAAAGUGCAACUUUAAUCCUGGUGAUGACGUAGUCAUCCACUGGAUUAUGGUGGCAGGAAACAUACCUGUCCACUCCUACUACCACAACCAAGACCAGCUUACACGCCAGGACCAACGCUUCAUGAGCAGGACAUCACUGCUCAAGGACCAGAUCUCCAAAGGAAACGCCUCGCUCAAGCUCACAACUGUGGAGGUUCAGGAUGGGGGAAGAUACAAGUGUUACACCAGCACCAUCACUGGCAACAAGGAGACAUUUAUUGACCUAAAUGUGGAAGCUCCGGUUGCUGAAGUCGACAUUCAGAAGGUUGAAAACAGGAUCACCUGCAGCUCAGAGGGGAUCUACCCUAAGCCUGAGCUCACCUGGUCCACCAGUCCUCCGUCCAGCGUGACCUUCAAGAACACAACCACAGUCCAGGAGACUGAACAGCAGCUCUACAACAUCAGCGGCUCUCUGAUGGUUUCAGACAGUGGGACUGAUGUGGCCUACAGCUGCACCGUCAGCAGCGGUGAACACAGAAGAACAGCCACUUUGUUUAAACAACUUAAUAAGACUUCGACCACUGAAACAACAAUCGACUGCCCUUCCUCAAAGGCGCCUCUAACAGUCUUAAUCUGGAGAUUCAACCACAGUCAGAUUAUCGUGACCCAGACUGGAGCCAAUGUCCCCUACAAAGUGUCAGAGGAGUGGAGGCAGCAGGUGAAGGCUGUCUCUGAGUCAGGCAACCUCGCGCUGACCGGCUUAACUCCAGAUCAGCAGGGAGCAUACACCUGUGAGUUCAGUAAUGAAGAGGAGACAAAUGUAGGAAGCACCUUUCUGAGGAUAGAGGAAAGCAAAGGCUCUGACAUAAAUGUAGGCAUUGUGAUUGUAGCAAUUGGAAUAAUUGCGGCUGCAGCAGGCGUGGCAGGAUUCUUUUACUGGAAAAAAAGAAAACAUAAUUCUAAACAGACAGGAGGAAAUAUCUCUGAUAAUAAGACCGGCUCAAAGGCUAGAGAUGACGAAGGAAGUGAAAUGUUAAUGUGACAGUGAAAAAGCAAACAGGUAAAGAUAAAGUGCAGUAUUGAUCUGAAGAGUCUGACUCUGAUACAUAAACAAACAGAGCUAAAGACAAUUGACCUCUACCUACUUGAAGGAUUGAAGGAUUACACUGAUGUGUAAAAAAGUUCCCUAGAAACUGUAAAAGAAAACCAGAUGAGCCAAUUUGAAGUUUGGCUCCACUGAAGUUUCAGUGGGAAUGUGAGAGAACAUUUUUAUCUGGACUGAUAAAUGAAGGACAAGGACACUUUGCACUGUUACUGCUACGAUCAGCUUCUUGUUUGGCCGAUGAAGUACGGCAUACUGUUCCUCCUCUUCCCUGAAAUGGGGAAGAAGAAGUAAUAAAAAUAAAACCUCCAGACACUUAAGUGACUCAAGUGAGACAAGAAUGUAUUCUAGUAUUCUGGUUGGACUAUAAACAAGGUGAGUAAGUGGAAAAGAUGUUUCGAUGAGGUUUUUUUAUUUGUUUUUUUGAUACACCUCAGUGCCUACAUGUACAGAAAUCAUUAACUGUUCUUUAAUGACUCAGGUUAGUAAAGUAUUAAAGGCACGUAACCUUUGUAAAUAGAAAAGAAUAAAAUAACUUAUUGUUAUAUUUGCUGAAACUGCCACUACAGGAGUGCAUGAGACAGAUAAUCAUUGUGUCAUUUUUCUUAUGUUCUUAUGUAUAUUUUAGAGUCCCCAAGGUUUAUUGCUAUCACUACAAAUGAUUGCUGUUAUUAUAAGUGUAUUAAUAUAUAGCGCUUUAACAGGUGAUUUGAUUUAAUGCACUGCUGUGAUUCUGUGAAGACAUUAUGUGGUUCUGACUGUUGUUAUGUCUCUUUUAUGAAGGCUUUGUGUGUCCUGGUGCAAUAUAAUGGUUCAAUAAUAAUGAAUGUAAUCAGAAAUAAUUUGAUUGUUAAAAUGUUUAUUUUUGAUACUACAUGUAUGAAAAUAAACCAAAAAGCAUCUUUGCUCCUCCAUGUGCUAAAAGUCUAAUCAUGACGCUGGUUAUUGUUUUACUGACCUCUUCUGGAGGGAAACAGCAGUGAAGUCACAUGACCACAGUGAGCUGAAAACUAACUGAUUAAAUAAUGAAAUGAAAGCACAAAUUCAGUUAAGUGUUUUGGUGAUCAACAGUGUGAAAUCAAA